CGGGGGCAGUGCCAUGGAGAGAGAAUUCGCCGGAACAGCUGGAACUCACAGUUCUGGGCGAUUUCUGGUCUAGUCUAAGGAGGUUUACACCUCAGCUAGAAGAUUCUACCCUCGACGCCUGGCCUUGAGUGACGGUAACAUCAUAUCCUGUUAAAACUGGAAAGUCACCUUGGGAAACUGCGCCAGAGAAACCCCUGCAGUCUGCAUUCUCAGCACGGAUUGUUCAGACGGUUAAAGAACAGAGGACCUUUAGCAACAUUGAAUGUGUUUCCAACAACUGCCAUGGCUUCUUUGCAAAGGAAAGGACUGCAAACAAGGAUUCUUAGCACUGAAGAAGAGGAGAAACUGAAGAGAGACCAAGCUUUGGUAUCUGCUUUUAAACAGCAAAAACUGGAAAAAGAGGCUCAGAAGAACUGGGACCUUUUUUACAAAAGAAACAGUACCAAUUUUUUCAAGGACAGGCACUGGACCACCAGAGAGUUUGAGGAGCUAAGAUCAUGUAGGGAGUAUGAAGGUCAAAAAUGGACUUUGUUGGAAGCUGGAUGUGGGGUUGGGAACUGUUUAUUCCCACUUUUAGAAGAAGACUUGAAUAUCUUUGCCUAUGCCUGUGAUUUUUCUCCAAGGGCAGUUGACUACGUGAAGCAACAUCCUUCGUACAAUGCAGAGAGAUGCAAAGUAUUCCAGUGUGACCUCACUAGAGAUGACCUUCUUGACCAUGUCCCACCAGAGUCUGUGGAUGCUGUCACAUUAAUCUUUGUGCUCUCAGCUGUGCACCCUGAGAAGAUGCGCCUUGUCUUGCUAAACGUGUACAAGGUAUUAAAACCAGGCAGAAGUGUCUUGUUCCGUGACUAUGGGCUGAAUGAUCAUGCCAUGCUUAGAUUUAAAGCCGGAAGCAAACUUGGAGAAAAUUUUUAUGUCAGACAAGAUGGAACCAGAUCGUAUUUCUUUACUGAUGAAUUCCUGGCGCAGCUCUUUGUGGACGCAGGUUAUGAAGAAGUGGUGAACGAGUAUGUGUUUCGAGAGACAGUCAAUAAAAAAGAGGGCCUAUGUGUGCCCCGAGUUUUCCUUCAGAGCAAGUUCCGGAAGCCUCCAAAGGACCCAGUCCCUACCACUGACUCUGUGUCACUUUGAAGAAAAGAAUUUUAAACUAUUUUGUAUUUUUUUAUAUUCUGAAUUUUUAAAAACUGCAUGUGUUAUUUUUGUACUGAGAACAAGUGAAGACUUGAGGAGAUGGCUCACCAGGUAAAGGUGCUAUCUGUGCAAGCUUAGCAACCUGAGUGGGAUCCAGCAAGCUAUGUCUAGAGAAAAAGGCAGAGAGCUGGAGAGAUGGCUCAGCGGUUAGAUUUUCAGCAUGCACGUGGCAGCUCACUGCCAUCAGUAGUUCCAGUCCCAGGGUGUUGAGUGCCCUCUUCUGGCCUCUGCAGGUGGUGCACAGACAUACAUGCAGGCAAAACACCAAAUUACAAAAGAAACAAAGUACGUUUGGCAAUUUGAAUUUGUCCUAGUACUCCUACCUCAAGAUGAGAAGCAGAGCGGAAGAAUCAUCUUGAAGCCUCAGGGCCAGCUAGCCUGGAGAACACAGUGUGGCAGACCUCAGAGACCUGGCUUCAGAGAGUUGGAGGUGAGAGCCGAUGAGAAUUGUUUUCGGACCUCACCUGUGCACAAAUAAGUAAAUAUAGUGAAUUUGUUUGCAUACUAGUAAAACAGAAUUGUAGGUCCUGAAAGGAAA